CACAGGGCAUCACUCCGUGGCAUCAUGUGGGCCAAGAAUAUUACGGGGAACUUCGCUAAUGUGAUCCACGGGUUGAAUCUGAGCCACCUGACCGACCGAGUUGUUCAGAGGAGCAAACGGAUGAUUUUGGAUACUUUGGGAGUCGGGCUGGUGGGCACCAGAACUGACGUCUUCCAGAAGCUCCUCCAGUACAGCAAGAUUUACAACUCGGAUUCAUCCAGUUCUGUCUGGGGAUGCUCAGCGCUCAAGCUGCCUCCGCUCUACGCAGCGUUGGUGAAUGGUGUGGCGAUACACUCCAUGGAUUUUGAUGAUACGUGGCAUCCAACCACCCAUCCUUCGGGCCCAGUGUUGUCAGCCCUCAUGGCCGUCGCCGAAGGUGUGGCCGAAAAACAAAGGAUUUCUGGCUCCGACUUGCUUUUGGCUUUCAACGUUGGGAUCGAGGUGCAAGGCAGACUGAUGAGCUUCUCCAAAGAGGCCAGCAAUCUUCCUAAAAGGUUCCACCCACCCUCCAUUCUUGGCACCAUGGGAAGCGCUGCAGCCACUGCAAAGCUCCUGGGCCUCGACCAACUCAAGUGUAAGGAAGCCCUGGCUGUAGCCGCUUCUUAUGCUGGUGCCCCACUGGCCAACGCAGCCACACAGACCAAACCACUUCACAUGGGCAAUGCCAGCCGGCACGGCAUGGAAGCGGCUCUCUUGGCUUCUCUGGGCCUGCAAGCCAGCAAGCUGAUUCUGGAUCUCGAGUCAGGCUUUGGGGCCUUUUAUGCGGAUUACCUGCCCCAGACGCUGCCCAGCCUGCAGUCCUACUCUUGGUUGCUGGACCAACAAGACGUGGCCUUCAAGAGCUUCCCGGCACAUCUGGGGACACACUGGAUGGCCGAAGCUGCCCUGGCAGUAAGGAAGCACCUUGCCCGGAGUGGGGAGUCUCUGCCCACUAGCUGCAUCAAGGCCAUCGUGCUUGAUGUCCCCAACAUUAGAUAUGUUGAUCGGCCGUUUCCUUCUUCCGAACAUGAAGCCAGGCACUCCUUCCAGUUUGCUGCCUGUGCAGCACUGCUGGAUGGCUUCAUUUCGGCUGAAUCCUUCAGGCCGCAGAGACUGUCCAGGCCGGAGUUGAAUGAUCUCCUGCGAAAAACCAGCCUGGAGCAUUCUCCGGACAAUCUCCCCAGCUUCAACAGCCUUUACUGUGGGGUCAAAAUCAUCCUGCAGGAUGGAGACACCUGGGCAGAGCGUUGCGAAACCUUCUACGGGCACUGGAGGAAGCCCCUGAGCCGCGGGGAUUUGGUGAAGAAGUUCCAUGCCAACGCUGUUGCCGUGGUCUCCCCAGAAGUCGCCGAAAGCAUCGUAGAAGCAGUUGAUAAGCUAGAAUCCCUGGAUGACUGCGGGGAGCUAUUCUCACUUCUUCGAGGAGCUGAGCUGAGAAAAGAUUUGUGGCAACGUAAGAGGGAAAUUUUGUGAGACCUACCUCGUCCCAGAAGGACCUUCCUGGCCUGGCCUUCAUGGUCAGCUACCACCUAGCAUUACCUGAGCUUUGUUGAUUCCUGUCUAAGCUUAGUAUAAGUAGUCCUUGACUUACAACAGUUCCUCUAGGGAGUGUUCAAAGUUACAACGGCACAGAAAAAAAGGGACUCAUGGCCAUCUUUCACACUUAACGACCAUUGCAGCAUCCCUAUGGUCACGUGAUCAAAAUUUGCAUGCUUGGCAACUGGUUCGUAUUUAUGAUGGUUGCAGUGUCUCAGGGUCAUGUGAUUCCCUUUUGCGACCUCCUGACAAGCAGAAUCAGUGGGGAAGCCCAAUUCACUUAACUGCUACUAACUGAACACCUCCGGUGAUUCGUUUAACAACCGUGGAAAGACAGGUCAUAACAUGGGGCAAAACUCACUUAACUGUCUUGCCUAGCAACAAAAAUGUUAGCACAAUUGUAAGUCAAGGACUACCUGUACUAAGCUAGUCUAUUUGGAUAGACUGUUUGGAUAGACAUGGUAACAGGUCAGCCAAUGGGGACUGUUUGGAAACUGAAACAUAGUAUUUGUUUGUAUGGGGCCAUAAGAGACAGUUUGGAGUCUGGGCAUGGCUUAGCCUUGCUGAACUGUAUUUAAGAAUUGGUUUGGCCUCUGUAAUGUGAGCCUCUGUACAAUAUAUUUGCCUUUGUGUCUCUCUACUCUGUAAUGACCUGCUUCUAUGAAAAUUGCUUCUGUGUUCCUGAUAUUGUAUGCUGAAUUCUCCUGUAUGGUAUUGUAUAUAAAGACAUUUUCUUAUGUAGAUGAAUCCUGCAGAAUUAUUUGUGUGUCUGGUUGGAUGUGCUGCACCAAAUUCUGACAGAGGUCAGCCUGCUUGUAUAAGAAUAGUGGCU